CGUGGUUUGGUCUCAUAAGGAUCUAGGAGUGACAAUGAGUCAUGAUCUUAAGACGACGGCCCAUUGCUGGGAGGUCGCAGCUAAGGGGUUUCGAACCCUCUGGGCUUUAAAACGAGCAUUCACUAAGUUAGAUACUACCAUGUUCACUACAGUAUACACAUUCCUAGUGAGAACUAAGUUAGAGAACUUCGUUCAGGCUGCAAGCCCCUGUUUAAAAGGUGAUUUGGAUAUCCUAGAAAAAGUACAGAGGGCAGCUAUUCGUGCAAUUCCAGAACUCCGGGUUUUACCAUACAAAGAGCGGCUUGAAAAGCUGAACCUCUUUACUCUGUUCUGUCGCAGAUUAAGGGGAGAUCUAAUUUUGAUGUACAGAAUGCUGAUAAGUGAUUUUGGAAUUAACUUAUUCUCUCUUUUUCUUCCCACUAGAUCGGGACAUCUCAGAGGACAUAGCAGACGAGUAGAAAAGCCAAGAACGAACAAACUAUCCGUAGCAUACAGGUUUUCAUACCGAGUCAUCUAUACUUAGAACCUGCUGCCCGAAGCAGUGGUGUCCGCACCUUCAAUCGACUCUUUCAAGAGAAGACUGGACACUCACAGAAGCAUACUAGAAAAGGAAUAACACAGGCCAUAGGCCUUCUGUCCUUAUUACACAAAUCUGAAUCUAAAAUCUUUAGAAUUUUCAGCCAUCAGGAUAGCAAAUAUACUUAGUUGAAUUAAACUUAGUAUUAUGGGCUUUGUGAAAAUGCAUAUUUGAUCAGUGUAUCUGAUGUCAUUUGUCCAGUCAUGAUAUCUUAUCCGACACAAGGUGAAGCUGCUGAUAAGUUAAUACUGACGUCAGGAGAGAAGUUUUAGUGGUACAACCCUUAAAAAAAGCACAUCAGAAUGAUUACUCAAGUAAAUAGAAAAUAAAAUACACAAAACAAUGCCAGAUUACUGUCAUGAGGAGAAUUUAAAACAAACAGAGAAUGUUACUAUGCAUGAAGCCAAUAAACAUUAUCCUAAUGAUCCAGGCCUAGAUGUAGCUUCACUUAAAAUCAUUGAGUUAUCUAAAAAAAUUAGAGAAUUGAAUGCUUCACUUGUAAGUGAACGAAACAAAUGUAAUAACUUAUAUCAAAUAGUUAGAAAGUUGGAAUCUCAAUCGGUUAACUCAUCAAACAAAAAUGUUCUAUGUAGUUUAUGUAAACAAAACAAUAUCACAACGAACGAAAACAUUGAAAAUAUAUCAGACGAUGCAGAACAAGAGAAGAAGAAGCAGAAGAAGAAGGAAUUAAAAAAACUAGAAUUUGUUGUUAUGGUAUUACGUCAAAAAAUUCAAAUCUUAAAUCAUGAUUUAUUAUUAGCGAAAAAAGUAAUCGAAUCAGAAACUGGUGAAUGGAUACCAAAUUUAAAUAGUUGGUUAAUAAAUUUAAAAUUAAAACCCGAUGGAACAUAUGGAAAUUGGCGUGGUCGACAACAACAAAUCAUUGCACUAAAACAUCGUAUUACAAAAUUACAAUCACAACUUACUUUAAAAAAUUCUUCACACAUAGAAGAUGUAGUUUCUAUGGAGACUAUAGAAAAUGAAACAUUUUCUGGUGCAACAUUAUUGGAUAUUCAUUCAUUUCAAAAUAAUAAUAAUAAUAAUAAUAAUGAUGAUGAUAAGAUGACUUCUAAAACAUCUAAAUUGAAUUCUAUCAUUGAACAAAAUGAUUAUAGAAUAACUAAUCUUAUUCAAUUACAACAUGAUAAUAAACAAUUAAAAGAUGAAAUUGAUUUAACUAAAAAAAAUUUACAAAAAAUUAAAUUACAUCAUCAUCAUUUAUUAAAAGAACAAAAAGAAUUAAAACAACAAAUUUUAUUUUUAAUAAAUAAAAGUAAACAUGAUAAUGAAUUAAUUGAAUCAUUAAUACAACAUAGAAAUAAUUUACAAAAUGAAUUGAAUCAAAUAAAUCAAAUGAAUAUUGAAAAUAUAAAUGAAAUAGAAAAAUUAAAUGAACAACAAUUAAAUUUAAAACAAAUAAAAAAUGGAGAAAUUAAAAAAUUAGAAGAAAUUAUUAUGGAGAAAAAUCAAUUAAUUGACAAUAUGAAUGAACGUCUUUCUACAAAUCAUCAAAUACAUUUGAAUACAUCAGAACAUGAAACAAAUAAUGAAAUACCAUCUAAUGUAAUGAAUUCAUCACAUUAUGAUUUGGAUUAUAUUAAAAAUUAUAAAAUUGAACGUGAUGGAUUAAUAAAAUUGAUAGAAACGAUGGAAUAUAGAAUUGAUGAGCUUAUCAAUGAAAAAAUGAAACUUGAAAUGAAAAAUGCUGAAUUAACAAGAAAAACUCUUGUGAAACCAAAUGUAAAAAAUCAAUAUUUUUUAUUCAGUGAAAAAUCAAUAAAAUCCGAUGAUUCCCAUAAUAAUAAUAAUAAUAAUAAUAAUAAUAAUAAUAAUAAUAAUAAUAAUAAUAAUAAUAAUAAUAAUAAUAAUAAUAAUAAUAAUAAUAGUAAUAAUGAUAAUAAUAAUGAUAGUGAUAAUAAUGAACGAUUAUUUCAUUAUCUUACCAAUGAUAAUUAUAUUAAAAAUUUAAUUCAAAAAUGUUCAUUAUCAUCAUAUUCAAUGAAAAUUAUUAUUAAAUGUAUAAAACAAUAUCAAACUAUAUUAAUACAAUAUUAUAAUGAAAUAAUAAAUUUAAAAAAUAAUAUAAAAUUAAUAUUAGAUUAUCAUAAAGAUGAUUUUAAAUUAAUGAUGAAUAUUAUUGAUGAAUUAAAACAACAACAACAACAACAACCACCACAGCAACAACAGCCACCACCACAGCAACAACCAAUGCAACAACGACAACAGUAAAGAAAAGAAAAGAUAUAAAGAAAUACACAUUUAAAAGAAAAAAAAGUAGUACUUUUAUUGAUUUAUUAAUGGGUUGAUUUAAUGUGAUCGUUUUUUUUAAAAAAUAUUUUUGUUGGUAUAAGAUAGAAUUCUC